CACACACACACACACACACACACACACACACACACACACACACACACACACACACACACAUUCACACACACACUCACACACACACUCGCACUCGCACACUCGCACUCGCACACGUACCAUUGCCAUCAUGGCUGGACGGGGGCUGAUUGGGAAGGACGGGGAUGUCAACUUUGACAAGCUGCAAGCAAAGCUGAGCCAUGCCGUGGAACGCGAAGACAAAUACUGGCGUGAGAACGACGCAAAGUUCCGAGCAGUCGCACAGAAAGUGGCCACAUACGAAGAGUUUGAGGAGAUUGUCAAGGCCGCGCACAUCAAGCCCAUGACCGAGGAUAUCACCCAGCUCAAGCUCAACAGAUCCGCAUGGAUCACGACAGGAAGGGCAAAAGAGCGUAACCGCCGCCGGAUGUUGCAAGAGGACGAGGUGGAGGCGAGCGCACUGCAGCUGCCACCAGUCACCGACGUGAACUCGUUUCUUCGCCACUGGCGGCACAAAGCAGACUCCAAACAGCGCUACGAAUUCUUGAAGGAGCUCGGCGGCAAGACCAUCUACCGCCUCUUCAAGCCAGAGUUGGGGCAUGGCCUGUUGGGCGAGUUUAUUGCAGUUCUACACGAGCACUAUAGGGAAGAAGACUGGAACGUGUGCUGCAAGCUGCUGAAGGCGUUUUGCCGCACGCGCCGCUUUGAUCUCGCUCUCGACUUCCUCGCACCAAACGAACUCGAACAGAUCACGGAACUCGUUGGGUGGGUGGAGGCUGCCGGCUGCUCGGAGGAGGAUCGCCAGCGCUUGCACAAGGGAUAUCCACACGUCCCUCAGCCCGCGUCCAAGUCCACGGUGACAGACACCGCGGAGGGGUCGUCCUGAUACGUGAGCGCAAGCAGCGUGCUGGACACCUGACCGUGCGUCAAACGUGUGGGCGAUGGGAGCAGAUGCGCGGGAAUUGUGAGGACGAGAACAAGGAUGGGGAUGGGGAUGAGGAUGGGGAUGGGGAUGAGGAUGGGUGUGCGGAUGGCUAACAGACUGUAUGCUUUGUUGUGGUGGAUUGGAACGGGUUGUUGUCAUGAUGGCGGCUGUGGGGAAGACACAUCCGAUGUGGAGUAAACGAACAGACCA